AUGACAGGAGAGACCACCCCCGAGGGGCCCGCCUCUGCGGAGGCCGCCACGAAGCCCAGCCCAGAGCCCUCGGCAGAAGGGGCAUCUCUGGAGGCCAGCCCGGAGGAGCAGGCGCCCAAGCCCCAGGAGCUGGAGGAGCCGGCACGGGAGCCGGAGACACCCGCCCCCGAGACCCCCGUGGCCCCCGCAGAUGCGCAGCCUGCACCUGCCCCCGAGACCCCCUCGGCCCCCACAGACACACAACCGGCACCUGCCCCCGCGGCCCCCCCGCCCCCCGCAGACGUGCAGCCUGCACCCCCGAGUGAAGACGUCCCCAGCGCCCCCCUGCUGCUGGCUGUGGAGGACGUGAGCGACAGCUCCGUGACCGUGAGCUGGGAGCCCCCCGAGACGCUCGGGAGACUGGGGAUCCGGGGCUACGUGCUGGAGCUCCGCCGCGAGGGAGCCUCCGAGUGGGUCCCCGUGAACGCGCGGCCCAUGAUGGUGACCCAGCAGACGCUGCGGAACCUGGCCGUGGGGGACGUCUUCUUCCUGCGCGUGGCUGCCGUGAGCUCUGCGGGCGCCGGCCCGCCAGCCGUGCUGGACCAGCCCGUCCGCAUCCAGGCCGUCGUUGAGCCCCCCAAGAUCCGCGUCCCCCGCCACCUUCGUCAGACCUACAUCCGCCGCGUGGGGGAGUCAGUCAACCUGCAAAUCCCCUUCCAGGGGAACCCCAAGCCCCAGGCCUCAUGGACCCACAAUGGCCAUGCCCUGGACAGCCAGCGGGUGAACGUGCGUGCGGGGGACCAGGACUCCAUCCUCUUCAUCCGCUCGGCCCAGCGAGCCGACUCGGGCUGCUACGAGCUCACCGUGCGGCUUGAGGGCCUGGAGGCCAAGGCGGCCAUCGACAUCCUGGUGAUCGAGAACCCCGGCCCCCCCAGCAGCAUCCGGCUACUGGACGUCUGGGGCUGCAACGCUGCCCUGGAGUGGUCGCCGCCCCAGGACACAGGCAACACGGAGCUCCUGGGCUACACAGUGCAGAAGGCCGACAAGAAGACAGGGCAAUGGUUCACGGUGCUGGAGCGCUACCACCCCACCACCUGCACCAUCUCCAACCUCAUCGUGGGCAACUCCUACUCCUUCCGGGUCUUCUCCGAGAACCUGUGCGGCCUCAGCGCCUCGGCCGCGGUCACCAAGGAGCUCGCCCACAUCCAGAAGGCAGAUAUUGUCGCCAAGCCCAAAGGGUUUGUUGAGCGAGACUUCCUAGAGGCCCCCACGUUCACGCAGCCGCUGGCCGACCACACGUCCACGCCCGGCUACAGCACGCAGCUCUUCUGCAGCGUCCGCGCCUCGCCCAAACCCAAGAUCAUCUGGAUGAAAAACAAGAUGGACCUCCAGGGGGACCCCAAGUACCGCGCAGUGUCGGAGCAGGGGGUCUGUACGCUGGAGAUCCGCAAGCCCUGCCCCUUCGACUCGGGGGUCUACACCUGCAAGGCCAUUAACGUGCUGGGGGAGGCGUCUGUGGACUGUAGGCUGGAGGUCAAAGGUGAGGCAGGUGCGGGCGGGCAGUGGGAGCGGGAGGGUGGCAGUGAGGACCAGCCUCAGCCACUCACUGAAGCAGGAAAAGUGACCGUGGCGAGGAACAAGGUGAAGACUCCAGUUCCUGAGCAGCUGUGA